GGAGACUCCUAUGAGUGGCAUGUAUAUUUAGAGGAGAGGUAUAUGAAGAUAUAGAUUAAAAUAUUUUCAGUUUUAUAAAAAAUGAUUUCUAUCAGCAAAAGUCAGCAGGCUCAUUAGUUCUGUGCAUGGAGCUGGAAUCUUUGUGCACACUUUCCUUCCAGAAGUGCCCUAGAAAAAAAAAGAAUGUUACUUUGCAGUAACAUUUCAUUUUACCCUUAAUCGUUUAAACAACUAGCAAUUCUAAGCAUAUGGUGCACUAUGCACAUGCGCUGUUUUACAUUUUAUUUGUCUACUGCCUUUAAUGAAAUCAAAGUGCCUUAGGAGGUAUUUACCUAUGCCUUUUGACUGCCUGUGCCUGGCUUCUUCACCCUUUCAUGAGAAGUAAGCAGAUUGCAGGUUCUCUGUGGGUGGAUUCUUUUCUACUUCAAUGAGAUGUGUAACGGAGAGAGCUGAGAAACAGCAGGGAAAGUGUGUGCCUGCCUAGAAGGAAGGGAGUGUGCACAUUACAGGCAGAGCAGGAGACCGGGGCUGGUAGCAUGGAUCUGGAUGCAGCUGAAGCAAGUGGACAGUGCAAGACUAUAUUUCUUUCUAAUGUGUGAUAUAGACACAGAUGAAAUAGCAAGGCUAAUAUCCCAGCGAAUAUGGCUUUCCACGUGGAGGGGCUAGUGGCUAUCAUCCUUUUUUACUUAGCUAUCCUUUUUGUGGGUAUCUGGGCUGCCUGGAGAACGAAAAACUCGCGUGGUGAUGGAGAUCCUCGAGAAGGAAUUAUUGUGGGAGGCAGAGAUAUUGGGCUACUCGUAGGGGCAUUCACUAUGACCGCAACAUGGGUUGGUGGAGGAUACAUCAACGGGACAGCAGAAGCCGUUUAUGUGUCAGAUUAUGGCUUGGCUUGGGCGCAGGCACCUAUUGGCUACUCCCUCAGUCUGAUUGUCGGUGGCCUGUUUUUUGCCAAACCCAUGCGAUCAAAGGGCUAUGUAACCAUGCUGGAUCCAUUCCAGCAGAUCUAUGGGAAGCGCAUGGGUGGGUUACUUUUCAUACCUGCUCUCAUGGGAGAAAUGUUUUGGGCUGCAGCAAUACUCUCAGCAUUAGGUGCCACCAUUAGUGUCAUUGUGGAUAUUGACAUCAACAUUUCUGUAGUAGUCUCUGCUUUGAUUGCCACAUUUUAUACACUUGUCGGUGGACUCUACUCCGUUGCAUACACGGAUGUUGUGCAACUAUUCUGCAUCUUCAUAGGGUUGUGGAUCAGCGUACCCUUUGCCAUGACUCAUCCAGCAGUUACAGACAUUACAGUGACAGCAGUGAAGGAAGUCUACCAGAAGCCAUGGCUCGGCGACAUAAGGGCCGCUGAUGCCUGGAAUUGGCUUGACAGCUUCUUGUUAUUGAUGCUUGGAGGUAUCCCUUGGCAGGCUUAUUUCCAGAGGGUUCUUUCUGCCUCUUCUGCUACAUAUGCUCAAGUUCUCUCAUUUUUAGCUGCAUUUGGAUGCCUGGUCAUGGCUAUUCCUUCAGUGCUAAUUGGAGCUAUAGGAGCAUCUACAGAUUGGAACCAGACUUCAUAUGAGCAUGAUGAUCCACAGAUGAAUGAAGAAGCAGAUAUGAUACUUCCUAUUGUACUACAGUAUUUGUGUCCUCCCUAUAUCUCAUUCUUUGGGCUUGGUGCUGUAUCUGCUGCUGUGAUGUCAUCAGCUGACUCCUCCAUCCUAUCUGCUAGUUCCAUGUUUGCUCGGAAUAUAUAUCAGCUCUCAUUCAGGCAAAACGCAUCAGAGAAGGAAAUUGUCUGGGUCAUGAGGAUAACAGUGUUUAUAUUUGGCGCAGCAGCUACUGCUAUGGCACUUCUGGCUAAAUCAGUGUAUGGACUUUGGUACCUUAGCUCCGAUCUUGUCUACAUUAUCAUUUUCCCACAAUUACUUUGUGUACUCUUCAUCAAAGGGACCAACACAUAUGGCUCUGUCGCAGGAUAUGUUUUUGGGGCUUUAUUAAGGAUAAGCGGAGGUGAACCAUACCUACACUUGCAGGCUUUCAUCUGCUAUCCUGGCUGCUAUGCUGAUAAAAAUGACAUGUAUUUGCAACGAUUCCCAUUUAAAACUCUUUCCAUGGUGGCUUCUUUUCUAGCCAACAUAGCUUUCUCUUACCUAGCAAGAUAUCUUUUUGAAAAGGGAAUAUUAUCACCAAAGUUUGACUUUCUAAAUGCUGUGGUGGCCAAACACAGUGAAGAAAACAUGGACAAGACAACUCUUGUAAAAAGCGAUAACAUUGUUUUGUCGGAGUUGGCACCAGUGAAACCAAGGCAAAGCCUAUCUCUACCUUCCACAUUCACCAACAAAGAAGCAAUCAGUGACUUAGAAUCAAGCCCAGAAUCUCCUGACUCUGAAAACAAAGAACUGUGAUAUAGCCACGACAAAACUAUUGCAAUGAAAAAUGUGUACAAUGAUACACAAGGGGUAAGCAGCUUUUUAUCCCAAAUAUGUGUUUUUACAAAACUAUUUCCAUUGCACAAUUCAGAGCAGGCUUCUCUGAAGUCAGUCUUUGAUAAUUUAACAUCUUAUUCUGCACUGUUUGGCCCCUGGCACAGAUGGUCUUACCUAAUGGUUGGAUGUCUUAUUUUGUUGUCUGUUUGAUUUUGCUAACUGAUGUAGCAAUAAAUCUUAAAAGUAGGUUAGUAAAGAAGUCUACAUCCAGUCAGAAUUUAAUAACAUCACAAUCCAAACCAGGUAUAUUACCUCUUGUGUAUGUAUGUAUAUAUUAGUAUAUAGUAUAUGAAUAUUAUACAGGCAAAAUAAUCAAAUAGUUUUAUUUUGUAAGUGGAAGUGCAAAACAAUUGCCAUUUUAACUUUAUUUUUAUAUAAUUUACUAACACCAGCGUUUUUGCACUAAUUUUAAAAUGUUACGGUUUGUUGGUAUCAACACUCAUUCAUAAUCAUGUUAUUAAUAUCAGCCAUUGAUUUGUAGUUCAACAAAAGCUGAAAGGUCACAAGUUGGAUUUGAGUGGUCUCAACAACAAAAGAAAUGUCUGCUUUUUAAGUGUCUAUAAACUGCUUAAGAACAGUAAAUGGCAAAGGACAAGAGACUUUUGUUAUUUCUAUUACUAAUUAUAAUGAAACAAACCCAAAGAUGCAGCAGGGCAGCUGCAAGCCCAAGCUAAACUGCAACAUAGGAGGAGAGUCAACAAAUAUUCCAAGUGAGCCAACCUGCUACUCAUUUUGUCAUCUAAAUUGCAAUUUGUUGCAAAUUUACAUUAGGGUUUACACACAACAGAUGUUAAAAAGUCUUUCAUUAUGCAUUAUUCAUAGAAUCUUUUAACCUUCGCUGCACUGAGGUAUUUCUGCUGUGCAAAUAAUGUUAAAACUGAACUGAAUGAAUUGUGUCACAGAGAAGGUGGACCUACAUCAACAGGUAAAAAAACCAAACACUACUAUUGAACAUGAACAGCUACAACAAAACCAAAAAUUAUUUUGGGCUAUCACGUUUUCUAAACAAAUUAUAUUACAAUGCAGACUGACUAAUUCCCUUGAAGAGCAAUAGUUUUGAAUGGGUGUGCUUGGUCAGCAAUGCACAAUUUGUUUCUACUGUGACAGUUAUUACUUGAUACGAUUUUAACGGGACAGUAGACCCCUUUUUCAACAUUAUUUCAUGAACAGGGCUUGUGAUAAACAUACUUUGCCUGUUGUUUUAAUUAUGAAAUGUUUAUGGUUUUUGUCAUUUCUUGCAUAAAACAGAGCAAAAUCUGAAAGUGAAAGUAGUCACAUUCUACUUCCUGUUCAUCGGAGUCCAGUGAAAACAUAUCAGCAGUUAACUGAAAAGUUCCUAUGAACAAUUGAAUGUGACUUUCAGUUUUAGGUUUUUGGCCUGUCCAGUGCAAAAAUACUUUAACAAAAAUCAUAGAUAUUGCAUAUUUAAAACAAAGGUAAAAAGUAUGUUUUCUAUAAUUAUGAUAGAACAUUCUUUCUAAAUUCCCACAAACAGCAGAUGAGGUUUUUUAACUUCUAGGGUUCUUAACAGUGGGUGUUUUUGAGACACGAAUGAGGGGCAGUGUAGUCUAGCCCUGUUUGUGGCUGCCAUGUGGUGAGGGCUCUAAAUACCAAGUUUGGGGUAACUGCACUCAAAGCUUGAAAGUAUGUAUGUUACAUUAUACCCCAUAUUCUAUGUAUAGGGCUUCCAUUCAGCAAAUGGCCACUUUAAUUACUGCACUGUAACUCAAACUUUAAAACUCCCUUAGGUACAAUGCCCUCAACAAAUAAAAUUAUUUUUUAUGGA